CCAGUCAUCCCGCCCCGCUCCCGGGUUCCGGCCCCGCUGGGCCUCGGUUCCGGGUUCGUUGCCCCGGUUCCCGGACCGGGCUGGGCUCCGGGGCUGCCCCGGCCGCGCGCAGCACCCCGCGGGUGUCGAGACUUCCCGGCCCCACCCCAGCGGGGCCCCCUGGUCCUUCGCGGGCGCCGCCGGCAUAGCUCUCCGGUCCCGGUCCACCUUGCCCCUCGUCCGGUGCCCGGUCCGCGCUGCCCCAUGGAGUCCCAGUGCGACUACUCGAUGUACUUCCCGGCCGUGCCGCUGCCGCCGCGCGCGGAGCUGGCGGGGGACCCGGGCCGGUACCGGGCGCUGCCCCGGCGUAACCAUCUGUACCUGGGGGAGACUGUCCGCUUCCUGCUGGUGCUGCGCUGCCGGGGCGGCGCGGGGCCCGGCCCGGGCUUGGGCUCCCGAGGGGCCUGGGCAGAGCUGGCAACCGCCCUGGCCGCCCUGGCCUCGGUCAGCGCCGGGGGUGGGUCGCCCGGGGGCGGUGUCACCGGCGACCAGGAUCUCGAACCCCCAGGGGGCGGGGAUCCUGGGGGCGGGGGGUUGUUCCGAGGCUGCAGCCCUCUCCUUACCCACGGCCCGGGCCCUGCUACCUCAGGGGGAACGACCAUGCUGCCUGUGGAGGAACCAAUUGUGUCCACAGAUGAGGUCAUCUUCCCACUCACUGUUUCACUGGAUAGACUGCCCCCAGGAACACCUAAGGCCAAGAUUGUAGUAACCGUGUGGAAGCGGGAAGUUGAGGCACCAGAGGUCAGAGAUCAAGGCUACUUGCGCUUGCUGCAGACCCGAUCUCCUGGGGAGACCUUCCGGGGCGAGCAGAGUGCUUUCAAGGCCCAAGUGAGCACCCUGCUGACUCUGCUGCCCCCUCCGGUUCUGAAAUGCCGUCAGUUCACUGUGGCUGGAAAACACUUGACUGUCCUCAAGGUGCUGAACAGCUCCUCCCAGGAGGAAAUCUCCAUCUGGGAUAUCCGCAUUCUCCCAAACUUCAAUGCGAGUUAUCUGCCUGUCAUGCCCGACGGCUCUGUGCUGCUGGUGGACAAUGUCUGUCACCAAUCUGGGGAGGUCUCCAUGGGCUCCUUCUGCCGACUCCCUGGGACCUCUGGCUGCUUCCCCUGCCUGCUUAGUGCCCUGGAGGAACACAACUUCCUGUUUCAGCUGAGAGGGAGUGAGCAGCCCCCUCCAGGAGCCAAGGAGGGCCUCGAAGUUCCCCUGAUUGCUGUGGUUCAGUGGUCCACCCCGAAGCUGCCCUUCACCCAGAGCAUCUACACCCACUACCGCCUGCCCAGCAUCCGCCUGGACCGCCCGUGCUUUGUGAUGACUGCCUCUUGUGAGUCUCCUGUUCGGACCUAUGAGCGUUUCACUGUUACCUACACACUACUCAACAACCUCCAAGACUUCCUUGCUGUGAGGCUCGUGUGGACCCCGGAGCACGCACAGGCUGGAAAGCAGCUGUGUGAGGAGGAACGCCGGGCCAUGCAGGCCGCUCUGGACUCCAUUGUCUGCCACACACCCCUCAACAACCUCGGCUUUUCCCGGAAGGGCAGUGCACUCACCUUCAGCGUGGCCUUCCAGGCUCUGAGGACGGGGCUCUUCGAGCUGAGCCAGCACAUGAAGCUGAAGCUGCAGUUCACUGCCAGUGUGUCUCACCCUCCACCUGAGGCCCGGCCCCUCUCCCGCAAGAGCAGCCCCAGCAGCCCUGCGGUGCGGGACUUGGUGGAGAGGCACCAGGCCAGCCUGGGCCGCUCUCAGUCCUUCUCCCAUCAGCAGCCCUCCCGCAGCCACCUCAUGAGGUCGGGCAGCGUGAUGGAGCGCAGGGCCAUCACACCCCCCGUGGCCUCUCCAGUCGGCCGCCCCCUCUACCUGCCCCCAGACAAGGCUGUGCUCUCUCUGGACAAGAUUGCCAAGCGCGAGUGCAAGGUCCUGGUGGUGGAGCCUGUCAAGUAGCACCACGCCGGCUCUCGUCCCUCUUACACUCCCAGAAUCCAGAAGUCCCCAGAGGGGCUCCUCGCUCCCUGGGAAGCCUCCCGCCGUGGGUGCAGAGGCCCGACGGAGCCGCCUGUCUGUGUCUGCUGAUGAGAGAUGAGGGAAGAAGCUGUGAAGUGGGCGGGCACGGCUGCAGCGCUGCCAACAGUAUUCCCCCGAGUUGCUGUGGGGGGGCUGGCCCCACCCCAGGCCAGGGCCUGGGCUCCACGAGCUCCCUUGCCCCGCCCUUUACCUGUUCUCAGUUUACAAAGUGUUCUCCUCAUUCCCACUCAGUUGCCUUUCCCAGCUCUGACAUUCCCACCCACCCGCAGGGCUGAGAUGAGAGGGUGGAGGUAGUAAAGGGACCCAAGCAGUCACCCGUCUCAGGGGUCAGACGACAACCGGUGGCCUCCUCUCACCCCUCAUGUUUACGUUUGCAGCCUGAAGCACUUUAAGUUUUUUUUUGUUGGUCUAUUCCUGUAACUUAUUUUCCCACCUACUGCUUCCAACUGAAAAAAAGACUAUUAAAUGCCUGCCCAGGAGGGAGAAGAAUGA